GGACUGCAUAAGAAUUAUUGAGGAAAUAAAGUGGACUGGAUGAGACCCCACCAUCAAGAAGCCCAAGGCACGGAAGGACCAACGGGAGGCCACUAGAUCCAUGGAGGGAAAUAUUGAAAUCUUAAACCUGAACAUGAAGCCUGGGAACACCCUGAAGGUGAAAGGCAAAAUAUCUGCUGAUACUGUUGGCUUCAGCAUCAAUCUUGGCUGCAGCUCAAGAGAUCUGGCAUUUCACUUCAAUCCCCGCUUCAACGAGUCUGUCAUCGUCUGCAACUCCAAGUGCUCCGAUUCCUGGCAGACAGAACUCCGUGACCGCCACCUCCCUUUCUUCAGGGGCUGCACUGUCAAGUUCUUCAUUGAAAUGCUGUCGGACAAGUUCCGUGUGAAGCUGCCGGACGGCCAUGAGGUGUGCUUCCCCAACCGGCAUGGCUACCGCAACAUCAGCUACGUAAGCAUCGUGGGGGGACUGAAGAUCAUCUCCUUCAAGCUCACCUGAUGGGCACUGCUUCCUGGCUCUAAUAAAACCCAAGCCAGUG